AUGCACGAGAGAUACGGGCCAAUUGUCCGAGUGAAUCCUGUGGAACUGUCCAUUAUGGACCCCGACUUCUACAACGUACUCUACGUUGGAGGGUCGAUCCGGAAGACGAACGCCUUGCCGAGUUUUGGGGAUGGAAUGGACUUUAAUGGCUCCCAUGGAAUGACAGUCGACCAUGAUCACCACAGGCUUCGGCGGAAACCCAUGGAGCCCUUCUUUUCCAGAGGCAGCAUUGCUAGGCUCGAGGAUCGCCUUCAGGAGCUCACUGUGACUUUAGUGCAGAGACUCCAGGAAUACAGAGGGACUGGCAAGGUUGUUAGACUUGACCACGUCUUUGCUGCCCUAGCAGGCGACGUCGUCAAUGUCUUAUGCAUCGCUAAUCCUACCAUGUCCUUUCUACGUCACCCGGACUUCAACCCAUACUGGUAUGAAUUAUUCCAUACACUGAUUCGUUCAAUGCCCGCGUUCAUGAAUUUUCCGUGGAUCAUAAGAAUAGUCAGACUAGUCCCCACAUCUUUACUAGAGAAACUAGAUCCGAGGAGCCAAAUGUUCCGUGACUGGCGCAUAAUGUCAGUCAACCACAUCAUCGACGCGAAACAACGCAAAGAGAAAGGUCUCAUGCUUGUGAGCGAAGAUGAUAAGGUUAAAUGCGAGACACUGUUUGAUCACAUUGUCAACAGCGAUCUACCCGAAUCUGAGCUCUCCGUCGAACGGCUGGCGUCUGAAGCCCAGGUGGUCAUGGGAGCUGGUACUGUAACUACAGCUCAAACUAUGAAUUUCCUGGUUGUCAAUAUUCUAUCAAACCGGAAUGUUUGCCAGCGGCUCCGAGAAGAACUCCAAGAGCCAAUGAAGUAUUUUCCGGAACGCAUACCAACUUUCUCUGAGCUUGAGAAACUACCUUGGCUUCAGGCUUGUAUCAAGGAAGCCCUGCGUCUCAGUCCAGGACUGACUCACCGUCUGCCGCGGGUAUCACCGCACAAGGCGCUAUUCUACAAGGACUGGGUUAUCCCCCGAAAUACACCGGUCGGAAUGUCCGCUCUCUUCAUGCACAUGGACCCAUUUGUUUACAAAGAUCCCACAGCAUACCGCCCAGAGCGAUGGCUCGCAGACGUGACUCCAGAGAUGCAUAGAAAUUUUGUCCCGUUCACCAAAGGCUCGCGUCGGUGCUUGGGGGUUGAGCUGGCAUAUGCUGAGAUUUUAUUGACCUUUGCGGCGCUCUUCGGUCCAAAUGGACCUCAGCUGAAGUUGUUUGACACAAGCAUUUCAGACGUACGACCGCAGUGCCAUUUCCUCCUUCCUUUACCUCGUCUUGACAGCAAAGGUGUUCGGUCUACAGUAGAGGCUUAG